AUGGAAAAGUCUGAAUACACGUGCAGUAUAUGUCAGGACAUAUUUUGCUGUCCAAUGACUACCCCGUGUUGUCUGCAGACAUUUUGUGAGGACUGUAUCACCGGUUGGUUACAAAACAACACGACCUGUCCUUAUGAUAGGAAGGGCUUAUGUCUGGAUAAAUUAACAGGAUCACCAAGGGUUCUAGCGAACAUGUUAGGAACCAUGAACAUUAAAUGUGACUUUUGGGAUAACGGGUGUCGAGAAGUGGUCAAACUCGAGGACCUCAUACAACACACCGCCAUCUGUGAGCACAAUGAGGCAAACCGUCCCAAAACGUGUGACUUGACAUUAGCACCGCGGGCAAUGUGCAACCAUGAUCAUAUCCUACUGCUCGACCCCAAUUCGGAACUCCACUUCAGAAGUGCGUUCAGUUUUGCGAUCACGUCGUACCUAAAGCUAAGGAAUCCGUGGGAACGGCGCGCGUGUUUCAGAGUGAUGACGACCGUCCCCAAGAGGUAUUGGGUGCGACCCAACCACGGACUCAUCGAGUCUUUCGGCACCGUAACCAUCGCUGUUAGGCUCCGACCCGUAGACAUAGACAACGCGAGCGACAAAAAUAGUCACGAGUUUAUGGUGCAGACGAUGUUCGCGCCCGAGGGGGCCGUCAAUCAGGAGACCCUAUGGAAAGUCGUGAAUCCGGAAGCAAUAAUAACUUCAAAGCUGAAGUGUGUUUUUGAUGUGACGCCCCCUUCAAACGAGACACCUGUCCGGUAG